AUGGAUGUGUCGUCACCCUCUUCGCAGUACGGCUCCAAAAAGCGGGUCAAGAUUCACCCAAAUGCGGUGACAGUGAAGUACGCCACCCACUUUCCUCAGCCGGGUGACGAGGGCUAUGAUGACGCCCCCUCCUUUGAAGACUUUGGUGCGUUUGCUGAAUCCAACACGGGGAAGAGGCUGGUGUCUGACAGCAAAGGUGGGAGGACUUUGUUUGGAACUAUGGAGACCCAGGCCAAGCCACCCAGCGCCCCGCGGGACAAAGGGGUCGGCGGCCAGUUGGCCAGCUUUGGCGAGGCCAACGUGCUUGCCUCCAGGGUUACCUGGACAGCCCUUUUCGGGGCGGCGGUCGCUCACGGUUGCGUGGCAUUGAUCACCCGUCUUGCAGCGGACCGCUCAAAGGUCCCCUCCUUGGAGCUGCUCUUUAUCCGUUCGGUGAUCCAGGUGCUCUCCAUCCUAGUAGUCUUUUACAAUCAUGAGGCGCCCUUCGGACCCAAAGGCUACCGGUUGCGUCUUUUCUUCUAUGGGGUUUGCAAUGUCAUCUCCAUCACGUGCGCCUACACCUCCUUCGCCAUUGUGCCGCCUAGCAAUGGUACCAUUAUGUGGCGAGCCUCCACAACCGUCUUCAGCGCCGUGCUGGCAUUCCUGUUGCUGGACGAGCGACUGGCGUACACGGACAUGGUCACGGUGGUAGGCAGUGUGUUCGGCCUGUGCCUGGUCAUGGUUCCUAACGUGGCGGACGAGGAAAAGUCCAGACUGGGCUUUUGGAAAGAGGCGUUUGGCUACACAAUGACUGUGAUGGCUGGGCUGACGGCUGCCCUUUCCAUGAUCGUCUACAGAGCUAUCAAGGAGCGUGUGAGCAUGUGGACAGCACUCUUCACCUUUGGCUGGACUGGCACAGUCUGGGGCGCGUCCACCAUGUUCAUCAUGCAGGAGCCGAUCAUUCCCCUGGAUGGUGAGACUUGGGGCUAUCUGAUUGGGAUCUGCAUCUGCUCCACCGUGGCGUUUCUGGGCGUCUACUACGCCCUUAACAAGUUCCACCCGGCCUUAGUUAGCACCGUGCAGCACCUGGAGAUCGUAGUGGCAAUGUUCCUACAGCUCAUUGUGCUGAGAAUGAUACCUUCGGUGUACGACGUGGUCGGCGGCCUGGUCAUCAUGAUCAGCGUUUUCACACUCACCGGGCUCAAGCUGUACCGGGUGAGCAGAGCCGUCAGGCAGGAUUACCAGGAGAUCCUUGACUCGCCCAUUAAAUGA